AUGCCUCCGCGCAGAAGGCCCCAGCCCUCUGCGGCUAGCCAGCGACGUCCUUCAGAGGCUGGCGACCAAUCAUCGGAUCCCACGAAGCGCAAGCGUCCCUCGCAGUCUGGGCCUGUGCCUGAGCCUCACCAGCACCCGGCGCCUGAGCAGCCGGCGCCCCAGGAUGAUCCGAAUGCUCCGAAGUUCAAGCCGCGCGAUCCCUUUGACGCUCUCUUGGAGCCCUUUUACUACAACAAGGGACUGACAGAUCCAAUUGACACCGCCAAGGACAAAUGGAAUCUGCUGCCGGCUUUUCUCAAGGUCAAGGGACUGGUGAAGCAGCACAUUGACUCAUACAACUAUUUCGUCGAAGUGCAAAUGAAGAAGAUCGUUGAGUCGAGCUCCACUAUCCGCAGCGAUGUCGACCACAACUUCUACAUCAAGUUUACCGACGUAUAUGUCGCCUCCCCUCGACGCGCCGACGAGCAAGGCGAUGGAGGAUAUGACUUCGAGUCGACAAUCACACCGCAAGAAUGCAGACUGCGAGACACAACUUACGCUGCUCCUAUCCUUGUUGAUUUCGAGUAUGUUCGUGGUCGGCAGAGGGUUAUUCGACGAGGUGUGCCCAUUGGAAGAAUCCCCCUCAUGCUUCGCAGCUCCAAGUGUGUGCUAUCGAACAAGACACCUGCCCAGAUGAGCGUUCUCAACGAGUGUCCACUUGACCCUGGUGGUUACUUUGUUGUCAACGGAACAGAAAAGGUCAUUCUUGUCCAGGAGCAAUUGAGCAAGAACAGAAUUAUCGUUGAAACCGAUCCAAAGAAAGAAAUCGUCCAGGCAUCGGUUACCAGUUCUUCCAACGAGCGCAAAUCUAAGAGUUACAUCGUCCUGAAGAAAGAACGUCUAUAUGUCAAGCACAACGUUCUCAACGAAGACAUCCCCAUCGCGGUAUUGCUCAAGGCCAUGGGGAUUCACACCGACAAGGAAAUGUUGGAAAUGGUCACUGGUGAUGAUCAGCAGUAUCAAGACGAUUUUGCCAUCAAUUUUGAGGAGGCCAUUAACGUCGGCGUUUCUACCCAGCAGCAGGCUCUGGAGUGGAUUGGUUGUCGGAUCAAGAUCAACCGGAAGCAGGCAACCUACCGCAAAACACACGUACAAGAAGCCGUCGAGGCCAUUGCAUCCGUUAUCAUCUCCCACAUCGAGGUCAAGGACAUGAACUUCCGCCCUAAGGCCAUUUACGUUGCCCACAUGGCUCGCCGUGUUCUUAUGGCCAAGAACGAUGCGGCCCUGGUCGAUGACCGUGAUUAUCUUGGAAACAAACGUUUGGAACUAGCAGGUCAGAUGUUGGCUCUCCUUUUCGAAGAUUUGUUCAAGAAAUUUUGCUUUGAUAUCAAAAUGAACAUUGACAAAGUUUUGAACAAGCGCAAUCGAGCUGAGAAGUUUGAUGCUUGGACUAUUGUGGCCAUGCACGGGAAUCACAUCACGCAGGGCAUGAACCGAGCCAUUUCCACUGGAAAUUGGAGUCUGAAGCGUUUCCGCAUGGAGCGUGCAGGUGUUACCCACGUUUUGAGUCGAUUGAGUUACAUUGCAGCUCUUGGUAUGAUGACACGUAUCAGUUCGCAGUUCGAGAAGACCAGAAAGGUUUCUGGUCCUCGUGCCUUGCAACCAUCUAACUUUGGUAUGCUAUGCCCUGCCGAUACACCUGAAGGUGAGGCCUGUGGUCUGGUCAAGAACUUGGCCCUAAUGACACAUAUCACAACCAAUGACGAAGAGGGACCAGUGCGCAACCUGAUGUUCAUGCUGGGCAUUGAAGAAAUCUCGAGUGUUGCUGGAAAACAACUCUACACCCGUGGAGCCUACACCAUCUCUAUCAACGGUACACCCACUGGACUGACAAGACGCCCCAAGUCUUUCCUCAACGCUUUCCGCAGACUGCGUCGUAUGGGGCGAGUCUCGGAGUUCGUCAGUAUCUAUAUCAAUCACCACCAGCGAGCUGUCCACGUCGCAACCGACGACGGUCGAAUUUGUAGACCGCUGAUCAUUGUUGAAAAUGGCAAGCCACUUGUUACAGUCGGCCACCUUGAAAAGCUGCGCGACGGGAAGAUGGAAUUCGACGACUUCCUCGCCCAAGGUCUUGUGGAAUAUCUCGAUGUAAACGAAGAGAACGACUCCUACAUCGCAGUUUACGAGAAAGACAUUUCCAACACACAUACGCAUCUCGAGAUUGAGCCGUUCACUGUUCUUGGUGCUGUCGCAGGUCUCAUUCCCUACCCUCACCACAACCAAUCCCCCCGUAACACAUAUCAAUGUGCUAUGGGUAAGCAAGCUAUCGGUGCAAUUGCUUCUAAUCAAUUCCAGCGAAUUGAUUCUAUUCUCUACCUGAUGGUUUACCCGCAAAAGCCAAUGGUCAAGUCCCGAACCAUCGAAUUGACGAAAUAUGACCAACUACCUGCGGGUCAGAACGCGACUGUUGCAGUUAUGAGUUACUCUGGCUACGAUAUUGAGGAUGCCCUGGUUUUGAACAAGGGCUCUGUGGACCGUGGCUUUGGACGUUGCCAGGUCUUCCGCAAAUACGUCACUACCCUGAAGUCCUACCCAAGCGGAGCAAAGGAUCAGCUGCAGGGUCCUGACUACGAAAAUGAUGCUCCUAUCCGCAAGCACGCCCUUCUCGAGUCCGAUGGUCUGGCUGCGGUCGGCGAGCUGAUGAGCUCCGGCGAGACUUACAUUCGGAAGGUCUCUCCCCGAGUCCAGAACUCGUCUGGCAUCGCAGGCGCUGAUAUCGGCGGCGGUGGAAGCAUCGAUGCCUCCAUGACGUACAAGUUGCCCGAUCCCGCAUACGUGGACAAGGUCCUUGUCUCGGCAACCGAAGGUGAAACGCAACUCAUCAAGGUUCUGACUCGUCAAACACGUCGCCCAGAAGUUGGUGACAAGUUCUCCUCUCGUCACGGACAGAAGGGUGUCGUCGGCAUCAUCGCGGAUCAAGCCGAUAUGCCAUUCUCAGACUCUGGAAUCAACCCCGAUAUUAUCAUGAACCCCCACGGUUUCCCCUCUCGAAUGACAGUCGGAAAAAUGUUGGAACUCGUCGCCGGAAAGGCAGGUGUUCUGUCCGGCCAGCACGGCUACGGUACCUGUUUCGGUGGCAGUCCCGUCGAAGAGAUGUCCCAGAUUCUCAUCGACAAGGGCUUCAGUUACGGUGGAAAAGACUACCUCACUUCCGGUAUCACCGGUGAAGCGCUUCCCUUCUACGUGUUCACCGGUCCGAUCUACUAUCAAAAGCUGAAGCAUAUGGUUCAAGAUAAGAUGCACUCCCGUGCAAAGGGUCCAACCGCUACCCUCACCCGUCAACCUACGGAAGGUCGUUCCCGCAACGGAGGUCUGCGUCUCGGAGAGAUGGAGCGUGAUUGUUUGAUUGCGUACGGUACCAGCCAGCUGCUACUUGAGCGUUUGAUGAUUUCCUCCGAUCGCCACGAGGUGGAUGUUUGCGAGCAGUGUGGUUUCAUGGGAUACCUAAAUUGGUGCCCUGGAUGCAAGUCUUCGCGCUCUGUCGUCAAGAUGGUCAUUCCUUACGCUGCUAAGCUACUCAUUCAAGAGAUGAUGAGUAUGAACGUCACGGCUCGUCUGAAGCUUGACGACGAGUUCCCUGAGAUGAAGGGCCGUUAA